AUGAUCAGAUCCACCGCUUCGCAAACACUAAGAUCCACUCUUCCUUCCAGAAUCGUGGCCGCUCCAAGAAUCGUGUCGUCGUCACUACAUUCGUCUUCUUUGGCCCAACAGUCGAUCUCAGACAAGGUACGUCACACCCUGGGCGAUCUUAACAAGAAGAUAGGCGAAGCAGCCGCUUCAGGCAUCGACAAGGCCCAGGAGGCCUCACAUAAUGUGGGAGAAACCACUCACAAGGCAUCAGAGGCCACCAAGAGCGGCCUUGACGCUCUAAACAAGAAAACAGGCCAGGCCGCUGCAGCCGGUAUCGAUAAGGCCCAACACUUGGGCGAUUCCGUGCAAGACCAGGCCCAAGACUUGAAGCACGAUGCCAAGAGCAAGGCUCAGGACUUGAAACACGACGCAAAGGACAAAGCUCAGGAUUUGAAGCACGAUGCAAAGGACUCUGCCCAGGACUUGAAGCAAAGCACCCGCGAAAUUGCGAAUUCCGCCAAGAACCAGGCUAAAGACGUGGCAGACAAGUACAAACAGUGA